GGAAGGUUUUUCUACUAUAGAAAAUCUUAGACCAGUAAAAUAUCCUAUGCUGGAAAAAUGGGAAAAGAGCUGCUCUUUCUGAGCCUAUUUCCCCUUUUAUAAAAUGGGAGAAAAGUAGAUAAGUUUACAGUUGUCUUAAGCUAUAUCUGAGUCUUCCUGGUGCCAACCCUAGAUUUGGAAUUGGGUUAAGGGUUCAAAGCAUGGUCUCGUCACGCCUGUGUGACCACGGGCACUUUGGGGCUGGACUAUAUGGUCUCUAUGGUCCUUUUCAAUCUAUGAUCUUAGCUGCUAUGAAACCCAUCACAAACUUCAGAAUCUGCAUAUAAAGGGUCCUCCAAAACACGCAUGCGAGGAAAAAGAAGGGGAUGACCGGGGGAAAGUUCACCCGAUCUCCACAGAACUAGGGAACUGGGUGGAGCCCCCGGGGAGGAUUUGGGGCCGUGUACCUGGAAAGUCGCUCACUCGAGCAAGCGGAGAUGUUCGUUCCCCUGAACGUCCCAAGCAGCGUGCGUGGGAUACGAGACAAGGACCUCGAACUGAAAAGUUCGAAGAAGUCCUGGAAUCCAGUCGGAGGCUAGGGCUGCCCUCGGCCAGUGGUGGAAUGGAUUGCUGGAGAGUGUGGCCUGAAGCUACCCGCCACCUACUGGACCUGACCGGGACGUCUAGUUAGGAGAUUCCACCUCGCCCUCUCUAAACUAACCUAUGCCCCGCCCCCGCAAGCCAUUGGCUUCUCAAUUUAACUACCACCUACAAAAAAGACGUCACACCCUUCCCCCUCACACACCCGCUUGGAGCCUUGGGCGCACCCGUAGUGCGCUUGUUAAGGGCCAAUGAGGUCUUGUACUCCGGGGAGCCUCUCAGCCAAUCACGGCCCAGUGGACGCCAGCGCAGGGGAGGAGGGAGCACGCAGCUAACAGAUUGGCAGGACCUCGAGCCACUGACCUCGGAUGACGACCUGCAGUCCUAUUGCGGACGGUCGAAAGAGCCAAUAGCGUUGGCAGACUUGGCAGACAGUAGCCAAUUCAGGCGGGAGGCGGGGCCUUUGCGGGGGAGGGGAGAGUGGAGCACAAGAGGCCGCCGAGGCAGAGAGCAGCUGUGGAGAUUCCCGGAGCUGUUGGCCGCUAUGAGUUACACAGGUUUUGUUCAAGGAUCCGAAACAACUCUACAAUCCACAUAUUCUGAUACUACUGCCCAGCCCACAUGUGACUAUGGAUAUGGAACCUGGAACUCUGGGACAAACAGAGGUUACGAGAGCUAUAGUUAUGGAUAUGGAUAUGGUCAGGAUAACACUACCAGUUAUGGGUAUGGUAUGGCCAGUUCAAACUCUUGGGAAAUUCCCAACUCCGACACAAAUACAAACCCUAAUGCUUCUGCUAGCACCGGUACCGAUAAUGUUCUGUCCAAAAUUAACCAGCGCUUUGAUGUGGUGUCUCACGUAGAAACGGACAUGAUGCAAGGAGCACUAUAUGGCUCAGGUGGAGACAGGUAUGAUUCCUACGAAGCAUAUGACUCCAGGGCUGCACUGAGUGACCGUGAUCUGUACAGAUCCGGCUAUGACUACAGUGAGAUUGACCCUGAAAUGGAGAUGGCCUAUGAAGGCCACUACGAUGCCUACCAGGAUCAUUUCCGAGUCCGUGAUGCUUUUGGCCAUCGGGCACAGGGCUGGGCCAGAGAUAGCCGAACUAACCGGCCUAUGGCUACAGGCUAUAGGCACAUGUGGGAUGACCCCAUGGGGGCCCGGGGCCAAUGUGUGCCAGGUUCGUCCCGCCUCCCAUCCCUCUUCUCUCAGAACAUUAUUCCUGAAUACGGCAUGUUUCAGAGCAUGAGAGGCUCCUAUGGGAACAUGCGAUUUGGCUUCGGACUUGGCAAUGGGAUGAAACAAAUGAGAAGGACCUGGAAGACCUGGGCUACUGCAGACUUCAGGAAUAAAAAGAAGAAGAGAAAACAAUCCAAUAGCAUCGAUGAGCCUGACGGCAAAGCAGCUAAGACGGAUGGUUCUGAGAACAGUGACUCCGACAAUGAUGAGGGAACUGAAGGUGAAGCAGCAGAAGGAACAGACGCCCCUGAUAUGGCCAGAAAGAGCUCCAGAGGAGAAGGAGAGGUGGAGGAAGGAAAAGAAGAUGGGAAGGAAGAAGGGAAAGAAGACGCUGAAAAAGGAGCAUUGACCAUUCAGGAGGAAAUCAGUCAAAUCAAACGCAAAUUACAGGCUGGCAAGAAGACCCAGGAGAAGCAGAAGAAACGACAGCGAGACCGCAUGGUGGAAAGGAUCCAGUUUGUGUGUUCUCUCUGCAAAUAUCGGACCUUUUAUGAUGAUGAGAUGACCAGCCACUUAGACAGCAAGUUCCACAAGGAACACUUCAAGUUUGUAGGCACUAAAUUGCCAAAACAGACUGCAGACUUUUUGCAGGAAUAUGUUGCUAACAAAACCAAGAAGACAGAAGAACGUCGCAAAACCAUUGAGGACCUAAAUGGUGUAAUCCAGCAGAUCUAUAAAGAUCAAGACCUUACUCAAGAGAUUGCUAUGGAGCACUUUGUGAAGAAAGUGGAGGCAGCUCACUGUGCGGCCUGUGACCUCUUCAUUCCCAUGCAGUUUGGGAUCAUACAGAAACACCUCAAGUCCAUGGAACACAACCGAAACAGAAGACUCAUGAUGGAACAGUCCAAGAAGUCCUCACUCAUGGUAGCUCGAAGUAUCCUGAACAAUAAGCUCAUUAGCAAGAAGCUAGAACGCUAUCUUAAGGGUGAGAAUCCCUUCAUGGAUGACCCCGAAGAAGAAAAGGAGCAAGAAGAAGGAGAGGGCAGUGCUAUAGAAGAAGGAGUGGCUGAAGGGGAAGAUGAGAACAAAACCAAGGAGAAAAGCAUUGCAGGACAACUUGAGCUUCAGGCUGGGGACCAGAACCAGCAGCCUGAAGUAACAGCAAGGGCUGGUGACCAAACCCCAGCCAAGAGUUUGGUAGAAGAGCAGUCAGGCUUGGAGCUACCCCCAGAGGAGGAAUCAGGGCCCUUGCUAGGGGUUGCCUUGCAGCAGCAGGUCCGGGGCAUCCCUGGCCUGGAUGUGGAAGCUGAUGAUGAUGAAGAACGAAGGAACCAUGCUUCAGGGAAGAAGUAGGAGAGCACUCAGACCUGUUUUAGAGCCAUCAUUAAAUCUUUUUAAUGGGGUGUGAGAAUUGCUAACACCCACCUGGAUACUGAUUCUUAUUCUGGCCCUUAAAAGCCUGGCCUCUUUUUUGGUAAAUGGUUAUGGAAAUAGGGUUUGGGGUUUUUUUGUUUUUGUUUUCGGUUGUUGUAGCAAGGGGUAAUGGGGCAGGAAGGAGUAUAGAGGAUUGAGUGUUUUGAAACCCCAUCUACACUAAAUCUCAGUUUUGUGCCCCUUGAGUUCUGAGGUAUCUUUAGGAACAUCAUCUUUUAUUGUAUCUGCAGCAGGGUAUGUGAAAAACUGUUGGCUCCUGGUCCUCUUCCUUAGGCAGCUUUGUAUGUAACUAAAAGGUAGGUUGGUUCUGGGUUUGAAAGGGCUCUUUCCUGUGUUUUAGUUCUGCCCUAGGUCCCCACAACAGCACUGCCUAUUUCGUUAUUUUGUUUUAAUCUCUUCCUUUUGCUGCAAAGUCAGAGUCAACAUCAUAUUGUUUGUAAAAAUUUUAAAUAAAUGUUCAGUCACAACUGAUAAAAGUCUUAA